UGAUGCAGUACUCCGCAUAUUCUGAAAAUUAAUGUUACUGUUAAGUACAAUACUACACGUGAAACACAAACUGGCACUUUGUGUACCGUUGGAUCAGUACUUCUAACGUCACUUUUGAAUGUUUUUGAAUUGCACGAUAUUGCUAAUUGCUAAACAAUGCUGGAAAGCAACGUCGAUUAUGACUGCUAAUUGUGCAUCGCUUAUCCUUCAUAUAGAUAAAUGAACUACGGUGUGCAUUUUAUCCUUAAAUUUGCAGCACCGCCAGCACGCAAUGUCAAAUAUAUACGCCGGAAAUUUCCGGCAUAAGCGUUGUACGAGAAGUUCCAUAACGUACCGCGUUGCCGUUUUCAAAGAUGCAAAGCCAGGAAGCCCAGGGAAGACAGAUGAAAAUCAACUACCACUGUGUGGACCGCAAGCGGAUGCGCACUUUGCAGUUUCCGGAUUCGGAAGGUUGGCGGAAAUGACACCGCUGCCGACGACAGCCGAACUCAUGGUCAUACCAUCGCAGCGUGCCGAUGCAAAAAAUGAAAUGAAGGAAUUAAGAAUGCUGUUGCAGCCGUUGGUAAACGCAACGAUAGACGGAAACGAACAUGUUCAAAAAUAUUAUGGCAUUAGUUAUGCCUCGGGAGCGCCGGGAUUAUCCAGUACAUGCUAUAUUUUAACAGAAGAGUGCAAUGGGUUGCCGCUGGAUGAAUUUAUGCGUCAGAAUGGCGGAGGCACAGAGUACACAGUCGUUCGAUAUGCAGCACAGAUACUAGACGGCAUGCAGUUCCUCCACGAUCAACAGAUAAUCCAUCUGGAUAUCAAGGGAGCAAACAUUAUUGUGGCACCGAACGGCAAAGCCAAGAUCACCGGUUUGACCAUGGCCAAACACUUUAGCGGAUCAUCCACACCUCCCCAGUUUAUCGAAAAUGCUGCAGGAACUGUGCCCUUUGUCUCACCUGAGAUGGCAGCACUGUCAGUUAAGUCGCAGAACCACGCAAAGCAGACUGGCCGGAAGACCGAUAUUUGGAGUUUCGGAUGGGUUAUGGUACAAAUGGUGGAAGAAGGGCGUCCUCCUCGUUUUACCGGUUAUGAGAACCAGAAAAGUGGCGAACAAAAACUGCCUACGUAUUUCAGAGAAAUGCACCACCUCUUCAAAAUGGGCUGUCGACCAUACUACACACUGGAGAAGGACAGUUUAUUAAAUCCAGUUCUGAAGGGGUGUUUUAUUUCGGAUCCAGAAAAACGGUUCUCUGCUGCACAGCUGAUCACUCUUCUCCAUGAAUUAUACUACUUUCUAUUUUGCAAAAUUGAACCAAGAUUCAAGCAGAUGGAAUUGCAACGGUUCAAGGUGGAACGUUACAGUCUUGAGCGGAUGACCGUAGAACCAAAUCAACCGAGCCCGGAAGUGGCUUCCAGCGAAAAGAUUGUUCUUACCGGGAACGACGGUGACGAGGAUAAACUACUAAGAAAAGUGACCCUUCCUGGAAUGAUCGGAAGUAAUAAUCCACCCGGUUGGGCUUCUGUAAUAUCGCCGGCUAAGGUUGACGACACCCAGCAGAGAGUAGUGCUUGAAAACAAGUUUAAGGUCUUCGAGCUGCUUAUUAAGGAAAUUGCGCCGCAGACAAAAAAUAUCAUAAUUCAUUACGCAGUGAAGCCGGAGAAUCCGAUGACCGACUUGCGAAUAUUUACGGAAAACGAAGAUGCAUACACUCUCCUGUCGGACAUGUUGAAAACGCGACGAUUUAAAACCGCCAUGAUUCCGGGCUUCACUGGGCAGAUACUGAACGGACUGCUACUGUUACACCAAUACGGCAUUGUUCAUAAAGAUAUCCGUUGCUCCAAUAUUCUUGUGGAUGAAAUGAAGAACAUCGCAAAAAUCGCUCAUUUUGAGAAAGCGACCUAUCAUCGCUGGGACUCCAACCUGGGAACGUCCAUCAAGUAUCCGGAGGGUUCCUCGCAGUUUGCGUCCAAGGAAAUGCAAGAACUGCUGGCCUUUGGUACCAACAGCCGCGCGACGGAAGUGGGACCGGCAACGGAUGUGUUCAGUUUGGGUUGUACGGUGAUUGAAAUGUAUUCACGAAAACCCCCCAUAUGGGUGUAUGAGGAAAAUGAAAUUCGAAAAGAAUACACCUUUGUACAGGGCGAGACGACCGAAGGAGAUUUCGUUCGGCAUAUGUGUGCACUGUGGAGUCACGGAGCGAAGCCGGAUGAGAGCGGGAUUCGCGAUGCUAACCAGCCCGAACUCGAAGAGAAGGCACGUGCGUUUGUCGGGUUCUGUACUGGGCCGGCUAGCGAACGAAGAUCCUACGAAACGUUAAAAUUUCAUCCGUUUAUCCGCCUUGCAUCGUAAAAAUAUCAAUAACCAUGGGACACAACCACAUCUGCAAUGGUACGACCAGCGUACCGACAGUUGUACUAUUCCGCUGCUGCAACUCGCUUCUGCUGUUUUCGAUAAGACAACGUUCCUAAAACCCAGAGUUCCAUGUACUGGAAAAAAGUUAAUCGUCAUUUUAUAACUGUUUGUUUGUAAACUUUCAU